AACAAUGGUGGAGGGGUGAUGUGCACUGAUAGUGUAGUAGAAAUCGGAACAGCUUAAGUAUUGAGCAGCUGGUGUGUGCUGGGAGCUUUAUGUGUAUUAUCGCAUUUAACUCUCCAGCGAUCGGGUGGGUCUUGAUGCGGGUAGAAACAGGUUUCCAGAGCAGAGGCUCAUCAACUUGCUCAAGUCCUCGCUGAGCAGCAGCAGCAGCAGAGCUGAACAUGGAGCCUGCGCCCCACCAGGAAGCCUUGCACGACCGGGACCGGUCCUGCACUCGCCUGGGUAGAGAGCAGCUGCAGUCAACUAAACCCCAGCCAGGUGCCUUUCCUGCCUGAGGAACGAUGAACAUUUUGUCUUACAGCAUUUUCACAUUUCUUUCCCAAGAAGCUGGAAUACUAGCCUGUCUUACAGAGUGGAGGAGUGCGCUUUGGUAACAGAAAGACUCCCCGACCCAGCCGCGGGGAACCCAACUGCGCAGUUCCCACGCGCUGGCAACCACAAUUCUCAGGCCCGGAGAUCUGAGCCGCUGGGCGGGGCGGGUGUGUGUGUGUGUGUGUGUGGGGGAGCAAUUGUGACCUACCGGGCCCCUCCCCUCCCCGGGCACUGUGAUGCUGCCGGGCAGCUGCUGGCCCAGCAUGUCUGUCCCCAGGCCCCUCCCGCCCAGUGUGUCACAACAGCGGAGGCGGCUGUAUCUGGAGCAGUUGGGGUGGGCAGGCCCGGCUCGGAGGCGAGCGGGCGAAGAGAGCGGCCGCGAUGAGGGAAUGCAUAUCAGUCCACGUGGGUCAAGCGGGAGUUCAGAUUGGCAAUGCCUGCUGGGAGCUCUUCUGCCUGGAGCAUGGCAUCCAGGCGGAUGGCACCUUUGGUGCCCAGGCCAGCAAGAUCAAUGACGACAACUCAUUUACCACCUUUUUCAGUGAGACUGACAAUGGGAAGCACGUGCCCCGGGCUGUCAUGGUAGAUUUGGAGCCUACCGUAGUAGACGAGGUUCGGGCAGGAACCUACCGCCAGCUCUUCCAUCCAGAGCAGCUGAUCACAGGAAAGGAGGAUGCAGCUAACAACUAUGCCCGGGGCCACUACACGGUGGGCAAGGAGAGCAUCGACCUGGUGCUGGACCGCAUCAGGAAGCUGACAGAUGCCUGCUCUGGCUUGCAAGGCUUCCUGAUUUUCCACAGUUUUGGGGGAGGCACUGGCUCUGGCUUCACGUCUCUGCUGAUGGAACGCCUCUCCCUGGAUUACGGCAAGAAGUCUAAGCUGGAGUUUGCCAUCUACCCAGCCCCCCAGGUGUCCACUGCAGUGGUCGAGCCCUACAACUCCAUCCUGACCACGCACACCACGCUGGAACAUUCUGACUGUGCUUUUAUGGUGGAUAAUGAAGCCAUCUAUGACAUCUGCCGCAGGAACCUAGACAUCGAACGCCCCACCUACACCAAUCUCAACCGCCUCAUCAGCCAGAUCGUCUCCUCCAUCACCGCCUCUCUCCGCUUUGAUGGGGCCCUCAAUGUAGACCUCACCGAGUUCCAGACCAACCUGGUGCCCUACCCCCGCAUCCACUUCCCACUAGUCACCUACGCACCCAUUAUUUCUGCUGAGAAAGCCUAUCAUGAACAACUCUCCGUGGCUGAAAUAACCAGCUCCUGCUUUGAGCCCCACAGCCAGAUGGUGAAGUGUGACCCUAGGCAUGGCAAGUACAUGGCCUGCUGCAUGCUCUACCGUGGGGAUGUGGUGCCCAAGGACGUGAAUGUCGCCAUCGCUGCCAUCAAGACCAAGCGGACAAUCCAGUUUGUAGACUGGUGUCCCACAGGCUUCAAGCUCUUCACCCUUGGCAGAGAAACUUCUCUAAAUUUAUUGACAGCACAACUAAGAGAAACUUCAGAUUUGGGUGGGCAUCAACUACAAGCCCCCCACUGUGGUGCCAGGAGGGGACCUAGCCAAAGUCCAGCGAGCUGUGUGCAUGCUGAGCAACACCACGGCCAUCGCAGAGGCCUGGGCACGCCUGGACCACAAGUUUGACCUCAUGUAUGCCAAGCGGGCCUUUGUGCAUUGGUAUGUUGGAGAGGGAAUGGAAGAAGGAGAAUUUUCUGAGGCCAGGGAGGACCUGGCUGCCC